AACCGGAAAGGGUACUCUAAAUCCCCGGUUUGGCAUGUCAGAUUGAGCCUGUCGUCCAGGGGAGUGCCAGCCAGCAGGUCUUGACUGUUGGUGUGGAUGUGAGAGGAAGUCCGAUGUGUUAACUCGGUCGUCACCCGGUGUACAGGCCACUGUGCAGCAGCAUCCAUCUGAGCGGCACUGCCCGUGGCUGCUGUUGCUUCCUAACUGGCUAGCUAGCUAGCUCACCUCAACCCGCUAACUUCGCCAGUUUAAGGCGGUUUAACGGACACACAGUGAAGGGAAAGCGGGGCCUCCCGGCUACUACGACUCGCUCCACAGCUGCCCUGGAGAGCUUAACACGCCGGUUUAUUUUCCGGAGCAACAUCCUGCUGAGAUGGACAACCUAAGUGACGCCCUGGAGAAGCUGAAGCUGGCGUCCACAGACAGCGCCACUGACAGCGUGGAGAGCUGUCUGGACUGCCUGCUGAAAGCACUCGCCAACAACAACACCGAGGCCAGUGUGAAGAUCCAGGAGAUGGGCAUUCUCCCCCUGCUCCCCACCCUGCUCAGUCCCCAGUCCUCCUGCACCCCUAAAGUAGCCAACAUCAUAGCUGAGCUGGCCAAAAAUGAGUUCAUGCGGAGUCCCUGUGUCGGAGCCGGCCUCAUCCCUCCUCUAAUUCAGCUGUUGCACUCCGCCAACCAGGAGGUUCUGCUGCAGACUGGCCGAGCGCUCGGCAACAUCUGUUACGACAGCCAUGAGGGCAGGAGUGCAGUUGACCUGGCAGGAGGGGCUCAGAUAGUAGCUGAACACAUUAAGUCCCUCUUCCAAAAUACUGAGCCGGAAAAUGAGAAGCUCUUGACUGUCUUUUGUGGCAUGCUGAUGAACUAUAGCAAUGAUAAUGAUUCCUUACAAGCUCAGCUGAUUAAUAUGGGUGUGAUUCCCACUCUGGUGAAGCUGCUCGGCAUCCAUUCCCACAACACAGCCCUGACAGAAAUGUGUCUAAUUGCCUUUGGGAAUUUGGCUGAGCUUGAGUCCAGCAAAGAGCAGUUUGCUUCCACCAACAUUGCUGAGGAGCUGGUGCGUCUUUUCCAGAAGCAGUCCGAGCACGAGAAGAAGGAAAUGAUUUUUGAAGUUCUGGCUCCACUUGCAGAAAAUGAUGUGAUAAAGCUCCAGCUGGUGGAGGCAGGCCUGGUGGAGUGUCUCCUGGAGGUGGUGGCUCAGACUGUAGACGGAGAGAGGGAGGAGGACAUCGCCCAGCUCAAGACUGCCUCCGACCUCAUGGUUCUCCUGCUGCUGGGAGAUGAGUCCAUGCAGAAGCUGUUUGAGGGAGGAAAGGGCAGCGUCUUUCAGAGGGUCCUGUCCUGGAUUCCAUCCCAUAACCACCAGCUGCAGCUCGCUGGGGCUCUGGCCAUUGCCAAUUUUGCUCGCAACGAUGGGAAUUGCAUCCACAUGGUGGACACUGGCAUUGUGCAGAAGCUUCUGAAGCUGUUGGAUCGGCACGUUGAGGAAGGCAACGUCACCGUUCAGCAUGCAGCACUGAGCGCCCUACGGAACCUGGCCAUACCCGUGGUAAACAAAUCCAAGAUGCUGUCAGCUGGAGUAGCAGACGUGGUGUUGAGGUUUUUGCAGUCAGAGAUGCCUCCAGUCCAGUUUAAGCUGCUGGGGACGUUACGCAUGCUCAUCGAUACUCAAGCUGAAGCCGCAGACCAGCUGGGAACCAAUGGGAAGCUCGUGGAGAGGCUAGUGGAGUGGUGUGAAGCCAAAGAUCACGCAGGGGUGAUGGGCGAGUCCAACAGGCUCCUGUCUGCCCUCAUUCGACACAGCAAGUCCAAGGAAGUCGUUAGAGCCGUCAUCCAUGGAGGAGGAGUCAAGCACUUAGUUACCAUGGCAACUAGUGAGCAUAUGAUUAUGCAGAACGAAGCUCUGGUGGCGUUGGGUCUCAUAGCAGCGCUGGAUUUGGUCGCAGCUGAGAAGGACUUUGUCGGAGCCAACCUGGUGUCGGUGCUCCACAAGCUGCUGUCAGACGAGAGGAGCGCACCGGAGAUCAAGUACAACUCCAUGAUCCUCAUCUGUGCAGUUAUGGGCUCAGAGCCCCUCCACAAAGAGGUCCAGAGCCUGGCGUUCAUCGACGUGGUGUCCAAGCUGAGGGCCCACGAAAACAAAAUGGUCUCCCACCAGGCGUCCCUCACAGAGCAGCGGUUAACUGCCCAGAGCUAAAUGACUGUCUGACCCCGCCCACACCCACCCACCCACAACGCCUGCCUGAACACCCAAUCACCCAGUGACACCUCAUGACUGCUCUCCCCUCUGUGCCCUAUCUUCAUGUGCCAAGGUACCAUGUCGCGUUAACUGCCAGCCAAGACCUUCUCAUGUCUCUGCCCCGCCCACCAGGGUUAGACUGAGCAUGCAAUCUGACCAUUUUCUAACGUCAUUUUAUAAUUUGAAUUACAACAAUGAACCUAUAAUGUAAUCCUCAAGAGGGUGGAAACGUCUCUGAAACAGUUUGUAAGACUUGUGUCUCCUCUGAAAGCCAUAAUAAUGAAUUUAUUUAGGUGGGUUAGCAGGUCCUUAACGAAGCCACGCCCCUUAAACCCUGGUCUACCUGCAUCAGUCCAACCCUGGUCCCCUCCUCUACUUGUAUCUUCUGCUAUAAGUAGGUCCACAGGAGCUGAGGCGCCAUAAACAGCCUAACGCAAUAGAUAAGAGACAACACUCUUUUACGACCAUAGCUGUGAGACCAUCCACCGGUAACCCACCAGUGAAAAAAUGUGCACAAAAGAACAAAAAAAAAAGACUUCCUGUUGUGAUUUUUCCUUCAUUUUUAAGAAAAGCAGCCAUCCAUGAUGUGCCCAGUCGUGUCCAUGUAGCUCGAGUAUAAAUUGACUAGAAACUGCAUGUUUUAGUCCUGUUAAAGGUGUGCCCGUGUUCAUUUGACCUCUCCACUGCUCGCAUAGUCCCAAAGUCCAGCCUGCCCUCCUCCACUGACACGGCCAGUCUUGUACACUUUUUUUUGCACUUGUUGUUUCGGCUCGGAUCAAUAGAUUUUAUCAGAUUUUUAAUUCCACAGUAGUCAAACACACUUCCUAUGCUCCAGCAGCUGUACAGUGAACAGUAGUCACUCCUCGGACCUAUAAGGUAAGAAUAGUCAUGUCAGGUGGGCACAAAGUAACAAAACAUGCAAUUCAGUCUGGAAAAGAAAGGUCUCUUCUAUUCAAAUCAAAGAUGUCUCUGAUUUCACAUGGAUGGUAUUGACUUGAAUUAAAAAGACUAAAUCAUGUUUUUGUUACUUUGCUCCUACCUGGCAGGUUUCCCAUCUUAUAGGUCCUUAAGCAGAUUGCCUCUCCGACAUCUAAUCAAUGCAUGGCAGUUUGCAUAGCCACAGUUCUACAGGUGAACACCUUCUGAACGCUGUACAAGCUCCAGAAAACAUCACUAGGAAAUCACAUUUUGUGAUGGGGCAUGAACUGGUAAUCUAUGAAGAGCAGCCAAGAACAAGACUAAGAAUUCCAAAAGUAGAAUGGAGCACUACAGCCUGAGCUGUAACACGAUAGAGCCCCAAAAGAAAUGACGACCGUGGCUCUAUGGAAACCAGGAGUGUAAUUCUGCUGUAUGAAGUAAAGCGUGUGUUGUGGAGCAAAGUAUUUAACCACAGGUUCUCUCUUUAUGGCAGUUGUUCUAGUCGAAGGGGUUUCUGCUAACACGUCAGCAUGUCCGACACCCUAUGUUCACGUGCCACCCUGUUUCCUGGUCUGGGCCCAUGCUUUUGUUUUUUUUUAAAGGUAUGAAUGGUUAUUUAUCAGAUCUGUGCUCUUUCUGAAGACACAUGCCUGUGGAGAUGUAUCCAUAGUAACUGCGUAAAAUCCUAUAAACUUAAGUGUUUGUUGUAAAUGUCAUGAGUUGUACAUUUGGAGGAUUGUAACUCAGCAGAUAAUUAAAAGAUGAUAGCUGGUGAUGGCCGACGUAUCCCUGCUGUAGCUCCGUCUGAAAGGAUUGCUUCCUGUUUGCACCUCAUGACAAACAGGAAGUGGGGGUGGGGAGUCAAGGGAGUGACUCAUCGGAUGAGUUCCCACCAAUCUGCAUUUGUUUGGAAUGAACCGAUUUCAGACUAGUUUCUAUCUAAAGAUGCCCAGGAACUGUGUGUGUGUGUGUGUGUGUGUGUGGCAAUGCACAAACCAACCAACCAGAGUGCCAAAAAUAACACCCCUUUAAAGACUCAAGUAUGCACUUUUUAUUUAUUUUUUUGUCACUUUAAUAAAUUGUAAUUGAUAUUAAAAUCAGUCCAAUUUCAACAGGACAUGAGACGAGGACAUUAGGAGUUAGUUACAUGACAGUGUUUGUGGGGUUCCAUGUGAUCAUCUAAUCGUGAUGAGUGAGAGGCGAGACAGCCGGACUGCAGUGCUCCUCACACUUCCUCCGUCUGCUUCAGAUGUACAAUCAGAAACACGGCUGAUCCCUUGUUGAUGAACAUAUUCAGUGUUCAAGCUCCACAAUAUCAAUCUGAACAUACUUUACUGGAAAAAUGCUGCAAAUACUUUGCAAAAGUGAUGCAUGCUUCGAGCAAAUAAUCGCUUUAAAACAUCGAAAGAAACACCGAGGGAAACGAACAUCCGAACAUUCCCGUUUCAGAUGUGUUCAUUGUGCAUCAAAGUAGAGGCAGUGAAGACGACCAGGUGGUGUUUUCACUCAGAUGUUCGUGGUGAAACAUCCCCUCCUCCCGGUUCUCACCAACAUAUGAAAUGAAAUGACGGCGGGGUUACAACGACACACGUGGAUCAGACCUUCAACACGUUUAAAAAUGAUCCAGGUCAUUUCAAAUGUUCACACCGUUUCAAAAAAGUGUGAAAUAAGGGAUUAACGUGAUAGUAGGACCGGGCUAGUUUGAGUACAGAUGCUGAAACUGGACUUUUUCAAAUCCUUACUACUGAGAAAUAUAAAUCUUUUUUUGUAUAAUAAGUUUUUCAUUGAAAAGAUUAGUUUGGAUUUUUCAAACCCUGCCCUUCAUAUUUACAAACCUAUGUAGAUAUGAAGGACCCAUUCUAAGCUAAUGAAAACACAGCCAGUCUUAGUUCCAGGUGGUUAUACACUAAUGAAAACAUAGUUAUUAAUACUGUAUUCCAUGUCUGCCAAUACAGCCUAAAUCCUACACACUGGCCCUUUAAAGCGUUGGACUCUGGAGAGCGUUGUUCCUCUCAGAGAGGACUGUGGAUCAAAGGGAUACUUCUAGAAACCAAUAACUUUCACCAUACAGACGGUGUCUUAGUAAAUGUUUUGUAUCGAUGUAAAAAUACCCAUUAACAAAAAAAAAAGCCAAAGUUCACAUGUGAAAUGUUUUCUAAAUGCAAGUUUGCCAGAGUAAAAGAAGAAGGUGUUGUUGUGAGAAGAAGAAAAAAGAAGCGUCAGUCUGUUUUCAGUUUUGUAACUCCACCCACCAGAUCCGGAGAGUGAGCGGUGGAAAGGUGCACAAAACAAGCGCUCAGCUGGGACGAGCAGCGACGUCACAGUCCUGCUUGAUGGGGUCAGCAGUGGAGCGACGGUACCCAUCAUUAUCAAAAAGAUGUACAAAACUCUACGCUGAGCGGCGUGCGUGUUCGAGCCCCUCAACAACUCGGUGUUAUGUACAGAGCGUUUACGUAGUAGUGCCUCGGGGAAAGGUGCUGGUUCAGUGAAGAAAAACAGGUGCAGGAGGACAGCGAGGCUCCCUGGCGAUGUGCUCGAAGGAGGGCAUCUGAGGGCAGUUGGCGACACAAAAUACAAUUAACUUUGUAUCAAUUGUACAUUCUUAAGUGGCGUAUACAGCCAAAGUCAAUUUCAGGGGGAACAAAUAAGAAAAGGGUUACCUGUUUGAAUUGAAAUGCUGUGUCAGCAUCAGGUAAAGAAACUGGAAAAGAGCAGACAGACAGUUAAUUAAUCAGAAAGCUUGUGAACAACAACAGGAAGCAGAGCGGCGGCUCGGGAUCAGCGCUUUAAACUCAGAAGAAGAAGAAGGUCCUCGGGCAGAAGAGAAGGCCACGAAGAAAGACAGACUUGUCAGUCACAUGACUCGAGGCGUAUUAAUGCACAGCUCAGCGGGACCAUGAAGGAGGUCAUCGACAUGCAGCAUUUAAAAGCCUUUCGUUAGGGCUCGUCCAUGAAGAAACUACGUGUCCCGCACAAUGCUAAUGCUAAUGCUGUUAGCAGUAUGUGGUCGGUUUGUUAUUUUACAGUUCUGAAAUAUUUCUAUCGGCUGCCACGUAAAAGGUCAAAGUUCCCAAAGCCGCCUCUAACCACACCCACAAUAACGUUGGCUUCUGUUCAUAACAUGAACACGCCUUCGUUCCACAGAAUCAGAGCCGUGCCGACAUUCUGAGCCUCGUCGUCUUUAGAGGGGAUCAAAUGGGGUCCAGCAGUCUGUAUCAACCUCCAACAGGAGUUCUACUCCGGCUGCUCCAGACGUGUCAGAUUGUAGAUUAUUAUGGGGUUAUGGGGGGAAAAGAAGUUUCAAGAACUCUGAAUUUACGGGGCAACUAAACUACUAUUUACUCAUGAAAAAUGACUUUGGAUGGGAACCAAAUGCUAACCUACUGCUAAUGAGCUAGCGAGCAGCCACAGAGUGAAACAGGAGAUACUGCAUGGAGAUCAGAGGAGGUUCAUGUGGAGUCAUUCUAACAACGCUUUGAGUGGCCAGAUGUUGUAAACAUCUAACAGCUGUUUUAGGGGGUCAUGAGGAUCAAUACUCCUAAUGUGGUGAAACACUGCUUACACAACCUGUAAAGAUGGCACGAGGAACUGUAAUGCAGUGUUAAUGUUGGCGCCCCCUGUGGACACAAGGGGUAGUUUUUACUAAUUUUACUGCCUGAACUCCAUGGAUAUAAUUAAACCCGGAAUAUUACGGAAUGAGUCCAGUGGCUCACUCUGGCCUCCAUAGCACAAUAAGAGUAGAAUGAACACCCAGCAGCUGUUUGCAGAUGUGUCCCUUAAAGGGAACACGACACCAAACCAACAUCAUCCAUCCGAUCCCACAAAGCACACAACGCAACAACUGGAUCACCACACCCACCGGCUACAAACACACAAGCAGCGUGUGUGUGUGUGUGUCAUGAGGAGUACGCUGAUGCUUUCCUGCUGGAGGGUGGUGGGAUUCGACCCGUGGAGGGAGAGGGGGGCACCCUGAUGGAGCAUGGAGGAGGAAGAAUGAGGUGAGUUUUGACAUGAUGAAGGUGAAGCUCAGUAGUUAAGGAAUGACAACGCCAAUUCACUUAAAAUUCAAAGAUGUAAAAGUAGCCAUAGUUCAAGUACAUUAUGGGCCUUUUGUGGAAUGAGAACAGAAGAAACAAACUGGUGAAACGGGUAUGAGGGCACUCAAGUAUGAAAGUUCAUUUUCUCACCAGCUCGCUCGCACAGCUUCAAUGUCGCUCACUAGGUUUUGGGCCAGACAAAUCCCAAAAAUCUGUGGAUGAAAGAAGACAAAAGGGUGAGCUGCAGCGCCGCUGGUUGUGUCUCCGGUCGGGGGAACCUGUGAGUGGAACUGGCCUGCAGCAGAGCGACUCCAAUGAAGAUCCCGGCCACCAGGGUGAGGUUGUCCUGCAGCCACUUCUCAAACUGCGGCACGCAGCCCUUCAUGUUGAUGUAGUCCUUCUGCUCCGCGUCCUGCUCAACACAAGCGGCACAGUUUCACCUCCACAGGUUGACACAAACAGUCUGCUAACUAAGCAUGUUUGCUCAUUUCAUCCACCUUUGACCUGCCCUCAAAAUCACUGUUUGUAUUAUAUCACUUUCAUUUCAUUGAGAAGAGAUGAAAUAUGACAUUUUCUAGGUGAAUAAAAUCAAAAUGGCCAAAAGGAAAGCGUGAGCGAGUUACUCACUGGUUUAGCUCGAAUGUCGUAUCCACACUGAGUGUUGAUUACAUCCUCCUGGAGACAGAAGACAACGCAUUAAACCGUCUCCAUGACAACACUGAUGUUCAGCAGCAAAUUCAGCACAUUUAUAUAAUGAAAAACAAAGAUGUGAUCAGGUGAGCGUGCAUAAAGGGAAGUCAGAAUUAACAAAUAUUAACUGUAUGUGUACAGAUUGUAAAGCCCUCUGAGGCAAAUUUGUAAUUUGUGAUAUUGGGCUAUACAAAAUAAACUGAAUUGAAUUGAAUUUAAUUUAAUUUAAUUAGCCCGGCAUGGGUUGCGAGCUCAGGCUGCAGAGCGGGGGACUCGUACCGCCGGGUCCUUGGUGCAGCAGGAGAAGGGAACGCCGCACUUCUCUCGACUGGGAUUCCCAUCGGUGCAGUUGAAAUAGAUGUUCAGGUUCCAGUCGUCUGCUCCGAACGCGCCGCAGCACUCCCACUGAAGUCACGCCGAGACAGAAGAAGAAAUAAUAUACAUUUCUGCAUUGUAAUUAUUGAUGCAUUCAACGUGUUGCUUAUUUCCAGGGUCAUGACUGAACUGUGAAUGCAGACGUACGUAUUCCUGAGUGAAGUCGAUGAGGUUCUGCAGAUCGAUGUCGUCGCGGUACGCACGGAUGUUGUUGUUGAUGAACAGGUUGAGCUGGUCUUUAAUCCAGUCCUUAAAGACGAAGGCCAGGAUGCCCGUCGUCAGCUCCAAGAAAAAGAUGAUCCCCAGAAACACUGAGAACUAGGACAGGGACACGCGCUCCGAUGCAUCCUGCAAAGCCCAGAAUGAACAUGAUCGCCCCGACCACCAUGAAGAGCCAGACCGGGUCCAGCCCCCCCAGGUCCGUGAUGGACGAGAUGUUGGACAGGACCCCCUGGAGGGGAGAGACAGCACGUCAAACUUCCGGUCAAGGACAGGAAGGUCCCUUCAGAAUAAUAAAAACAGUAUCUUCCUCUUAUGCUUUACAAUACAUUCCUCAGAAUAUUCUUCAUAAUAUCCCUUAUAUAAUUAUCAUAUCUUUCUUUAUGUAUUCAUUUAAAACAUAGACUUUCUUAUUUACAUGUGCAAGUAUAUAUAAAAUCAAUGCAUAACCAAAUGUACAUUCACUUUGGUAAACGACUCAAUAGUUCCUGCAGUUAUACAAUGUAAAUGGUGAACUUAAAAAAAACCCUGUGACCUGAUGUUGAAUUUCUAAAGUAAAGGUUUUAAGAUUGAUUUUUCACCGUCCAAGCGGCCAUUGAUUUCAUAUCAUUUGAUGAUGUAUGAAAUCCUACAUUGUAGAUCACCUCAGCAUCCCAUUAGAUGUUGGUAUAUAGACGUCUCUUGGGACUAGGCCAGGUGAUGGAGUGGUCAGACACUUAUUUAUCACCUACUUAACCCACUGACUAAAGAUGAUAGACUGGGGAAUGACUGGAGGGAUGUUCGGGAAGGCGUCAUAUUUAACAGGAUAUCGUCUGCGUGUAUGGUGAUUUUUUAUAGUGCGAUCUGGAUUGGUUUUCCUGGGCUACAUGCAGAUCAGGGUCGGCCCUCCGUCAGUUCAGAGGAUCGUGGGAAUUCACCUGAAGCUGUUUGGUAACUUGAAGAACGGCCGAGUCAAACGUGGUAUGCUCUCAAAGGCUCUAGAUCUAGAGAGUGAUUGUGUAGAAAUCACUGGGGCUGUUUCUCCUUCCUGCUUUAUUGAACUUAUUUAUUACUUAUUUUACAAAUUGCCGAUGGUUUCUGUCAAUUAUGAUAGUGUUUUUACAAAGUCAUUGGCGAGAUCUGCUGACAUAUGUCAUUGCUAUUGCAAAGUCUGAUGUGGCAAAAAAAGACAAGCAGUCAAACGAUAAGCAAAGUUGUAAACGUCACCAACCUUGGACAUCAAAAGCCUGGCACUCGAAAAUAAAUCUUUCAUCCUCCAAUAGAGGAAAUAUUUGAUAUGCUAUGUCCAGUGUAGUAAUUAUAAAGCCCAGUUCUUGCUUUGAAAGAACAAGAAAGAAUGUGAGGAAAUGAAGAAAAGACAGCUCCAUCUAUUGCACAGCGUCUCCUUCAGGACCAACAUAGGACGGAUGAACGCUCUGCAGCCGCCAACACCACAGAGGGUUGACGGAGCCUUUAACACCUAUUCAUAUCUGUAGCUGGGAAUAUGAACUGAUUCAGUGAAAUACUUCUUAUUAAUAUCACCCUGGGUUCCAUCAGUGCAUUCAUAGUAAACUCAGUUUGAUAAGUUUCAAGUGUUUGUUUAAUCACAUUUACGAGGAUGGAACUUGGGCCGGGAUUUAAAGCUGUAUUUACUUAGUUUGCCCACUAGGGAGCAGCAGAGCAGGCGGCUAGAAGCUAACCAUCUAGCUAGCUUCAAAACAAUGAGCUAAAAGAGGCAAAACAGUUCAGAGGGACAGAGUUGGUGAUAAUUCACAUAACACACAUUGUUUAUAUAUAAAUAUUGAUUAGCGGAGUGAAUUAGUAGCGGAGAACAUCCUACACAACCUCAUAGCCGUGGGUUUAAUUCCAACCCCCCCGCCCCCCAUUAGUGCAGCUUUUUAUAUUAUUAUCAUGAUAAAAAAGAAAAAGCAUGUCAAAGUAUUUGGAAGUGAAGGACUAACAUAAUAGAGUAUUCUGUUGUAAUACUGUGUGCUUACCUUCUCACUCCACGCCCACAGUCCAAUCCCAACCAAGGCCAUGCCCAGCAGCUGCAACACACCACAGUCGAGUCAGAUCACAGCCGCCGCGUUGAUGCACCGCGACACGGCGCCUUGUUAUUCAGACACGUUUCCUCUGAGGCCCUCGUGGCCGUCUUUAUUCCUCUAUGAUGUCGGUGUUUGUUUCAUCGGAGGUUUACCCUCACAAAGUCACCGAUGCUGAUUCAGAACCCGGGGUUCACAUCAUUACAUCAUUACAUCUCACCUGAAACGUGCAGUUGUUAUUGUUGUUUAGCUUUCGCUCAUCUUGAUAUUAUUACAUGGAUGAAAACGUGCCCACUCGGGGUAUGAAUUUCUUCUCUUUAUUUAUGUAUCGUGAUUUUUCAUCACUGUGUGUUUCAUUGUGUUCUUUAACUGCUGAGUCAGCGUUCCGAAAAGGAGAGGGACGUUUGCUACCUUGCAUGAAAUGACAUGUGUACGUUGCAAUAAUUAGUAAAUCAUGAGCUUGCUAUCGCCGCAUCAGAUCAAUCGAUUGACAGAAAAUGAAUUGACUAUUUUGAUAAUUGAUCGUUUUUGGCAGUUAAAAGACCUUGAACUUCUCUUUGACCGUCGGUGUGGUCCUUUGGUGCUCAGCACAGAACACAAAGUGCACAUGUGGGAGGAGAGGAACAAACGGAGAAUAAAGGCCUGUUUUUGGAGCAGUGUCACUCUGCUGGUGUCAACACGAGCAUACUAAAAAAGGUCAAUCUCUAAAUAUGCAUUCAUCUCUAGAUGAGUGUUGCGCACAGCUGCUUUACGCUGAGGGAGAAGUGUCUCCUCCCUGCAGCCAUCUGAAGGACUGCGUUGAUGAAACCGCCAGCCUCUGAUUGGAGGAGAGCGCAGUGACAUCACACUCACUGCUCACUGUGUUUACCUUCAUUAAAGCGCCCUCAAACUGCAGAAGAAGAAGACGCACACACAUCAGACCGGUCUGUAGAAGUGCUGUUCUUCUUCUUAGAGACACCCGAUAACUGGAGCUCAUGAAUCCUGAGUGUGACCGCCUCGUUUACUUCUACCUACUAAAUCUGGGCUCUGUGUUUUUUUGACUUGUUGCUAUCAUCAUUGUACUAUUGAAGUGUUUGAAAAUUUUAACUUUUCUUUAUACAAAUCACAAAUUAAAACCCACUUUUUAGAA